GUUUUACAAAUGGAAGCACGGUCCGUUAUUACUGUUGUUCAAAAAUGAGACCUGGGAUAUAUAUCAUCAUAGCGUGUUGGACUUUCUUUAACAGAGCUGGGGGAAGGACAGCUUUAUUACCCGAGUUCAAUUUCAAAAAAGUCUCAAGGACAAACGAUGGGAGAUCACCAGUUUCAUUUUCUGGGAUAAAACUUCUAAAUAGAGGGAUUGAACGUCCCAAAGAAAAGACAAGAGAAAGUAGAGUUGAACUACCGGAUGUAACAAAAUCCAAACCUUUCAAGAAUUUCAAACAAGUGACACGAGGACCAAUCCGACAUCAAGUGAUUUCCACAAAACAAACUGCCAUACCCCAGAAACUCCCAAUAGUUCAGUCAACCUGGUUACAAUUACCUACGAAUAAUGUGGGUAAUAGUAAACUCCCCUUGCAUGUUGACCGAACCCUCCCGUUACAAACUGAUAAAACUUUCAAAGGCAAAAGUUCAACAAAAAAUGUUCAGUUAACAAAAGUGUUACCGAGACAAAGCCAAAAAUCGUCAAAAUGGCAUGUGUCACCUCAGAAGACGACAAAUGCUGCGAGGGCAAAUGCGCUAGAAAUCACACUAGUUGGACAAAAAGUGUCUCAUAUUUUGCCAACAAAAUCUGUUUCGUUUAAAAAAGAUGUCAGUCCGUUUAAAAAAGAUGUCACUGAAAAUCCAUUAUCAAAUUCUGAAGUUACGGUUGUAGUAAAAUCAGAAGGAACUCCACGACCUGUUGAAGAAUUACCGUACUGUUCCUGGAUAGACCCAUCUAAUUGUCCAGACUUUAGCAAAGUUCGACCAAGUUGUAUAGAGACAUUAUCCAUAUCCUCACUUAGAGGCGAGUGUAAAAUGUGUCCAUUUAACUGGUGUAAGGGACCUAAUGACAUGGCCGGAAGUGGUAAGCUACAUGACCAGUCACCUUUAGAUGUAGUACUAAAUGCAGGCGGGAGAAACAUGCCCUCAAAGUACGGAUUGGCAGUCAAUGUACCAGGAUCAGGAUCCAAACAGAGCGUCUCGAAUUUUGUGAAUAAACCUCCCUCGUCAACAACCACAGAGAUUCCAUUCUGGAACUUUGAAACCUUUGGACCGUGAAAUUAAUACAUUUUUUGCAUCAUAUUCAGCCUAAUAUGUGUGUCAUUAUUCUUAGCUGCUAAUAACAUAACUACAGAUGACAUCUUACUUAAGACACCUUGAUAUAUAGUUUUUUUUUGAUGUAUGCAUCUUGCCAACAAUUUUAUACGUCUUAAUGACCAAGGGAAUGCAAAGCGUCAUGUUUACAGUUCAGAAUUAAUUUAUUACCGGAUACAUGUAUAUAUCAUGACAGUUACCAUU